AUGACUUCUGAGAAUGUACGGAAGGACGGUUCAAAAAAAUGGUAAAGCAAUUGGAUUAAUUACUUAUAUUAUUUUAGGUCUCAAUUAACAUCGGACGAGGAGAAAGCUAGUUACAUUGUUGGUGCGCUAAAAGGUAUUUUGAAUUUACAAAAUAUCAUUUAAAAUACUAUGUGGAAACCUUUAUAUUUUAGACAUCUUUGGACCCUUCUCUCAGUUCAAUGGCAAACGCACUGAGGGAGUUGUUCUUUGCGAGCUUCCGGAGUAUUCAUUUUAUGAAAAAUUUCCUAAUGACAAUGAAAAUGGUAACAUGUUGAAGGAAGUGGAACAAAUGAUACAGGUAUGCGUUUUGUUUUAUUAGUAUGUAUACGUAAUGUUUAGGAGAUGACAGACAUUCCUCCGUUGAUAGAACGUGUAGAGUUGCUUAAGCCUACUCAGAAUGGAAAGCUUAAAGUACCUUCAGAAGUUAAGGACGAAGUAAGUUUUGAUUUACCGUAUCGCUUACUUGUUAGAUCAGGUCCGGUUAUAUUAUAGUUGAUUUUUAGAAAAGGAAACAAAAUUCUGCACCAGAAAAAGUUGAAAAUGGUAACAUUUCGGUAGAUGGAAUCUUUGGCGUUAUGUGUGUAGAUCGACCCCUUUCUCCGUUGUUGACCAGUGCUCCAGUUGUACCAGUAACAACUUUAAAAUCGCCAAAAGCUGAACGAUCAUUAGUAUGUCAUUCCUGGUUUUAUUUUUUAUUGUUUAGAUAUCGGGGAAACAAAUGGUAAAAGAGAAGGUAUCUAUGAAACAGAAUACAGAAGAAAAGAUACCUAAAAUCAAUGUACAGGAAAACGAAGCUAAAGACACCAAGCCUUCGACGACAAAAGAGAAGGAUAAUGGUAAAACUACCUCAAAAGGAGAUAAAGUGAAGAGAAGUGUGGAGGUAGACAAAAACAAAGAUACGCGAUCUAGCUCUCGAAACUCAUCUCCACCAAAGAAGGUGCCAAAGUUGGCUCGAGAGAAUUCAGAAUCUUCGAAGAAGCCAAAUGAAAAGUCAAAGGAUACAAUAGAUCGAAGUGAGUUUUUUUUAUUUGUGCUUGUACGGCACGUUGUUUUUAAAAUAUUUUUAAUACUAAUCUAUAAUAUAAUUACUUUAGGUAAAAAGUCGGAACGUGAUCGUGAAAGCAAACACAAGGAGAGUUCAGAAAAGAAGUCAUCUUCUAAAGAUGAAAAUGCAUCAAAUGCAACUGAAAAAGCCAAGAAGAAGGACAAGAGUCCCGAGAAACAACUGGUCGAUAAGAAAUCUUACAAAGUGGAGUCUCGGGUCGGAUCCGAACGAAAUGUGGCAACUCCAGACAUCCGACCGAGUAGCAGGCUUAACUCUAACAAGCCUAACUUUAGGACAAUAAAGCCACCCAGCUUUGCAUUAGGAGAGUACGAGGGAUACGACUUUCAAGGACCGAGCAGGUCGGAACUUCCUGACCAAUGUGUUUUCAUGAACAGGAAGAAGGUACCGAGUCAUCAGGAGUUGCUGAGUAGUGUCAGGCAAUUCAUUAGAGGUAUACCACCUAGUAACAUAUCCUUGGGAUGUAUGACACGAUCGUUGUAUUCAGUGGGAUUGUUAUUGUAUUCUUUGUCCCCUAGUCAUACAACUACUGAAAGCGACCUUAGGCAGGCACUUAUUUUGUUACGGUACGUUUAUACAAUGAUCGUUGUAAAAGUAGUGGAUUUACAGCUAAAACUCGUAUGAUUUACGUACAUUUAUCUACGGUUAUGUCUAGUUAAUGUUCGAAUUUCAGUAGCGUUAGUGAUAAACUUUUUAACAAUCAUUCCGUACUACCAAAAAACAGGCACAUUGUAAGAGGGUUACUGUGCCUAAGCGAAGCACUUGUAUGUACGAGGAUACACCAAGAACAUCAUGCGGUAAGUAGUUUGAUAUAACUACGAAUAAUGUUGGUUUAGGCCGCAAGAAAUAGACGUAUGUUUCUACGGAAGUAUGAAGAUGAACUAAGGCCAGAUCGAGAUGUAGAAGAUGGGGAGAUCUUGGAGUCGGACUUUCUGAAUUCUUUGGUUGUAAAUGACUCAAAAGAGACUUUGAAGGAAAUCAAAAGUGACACGGUAAGCUAACAUGUAAAUUUUAACUUUGUACUAGUUCCUUUUCUAUAUUUAAUCGUAUGUUUAAGUUUUAUUUUUAGGUGCAAGUACCCAAACUUCUAUACAAAUUAAUAAUCGACGAAAACUCAUACGCUCGGAUUGCGGAACAAGCAAUGUUAGCUUCAGUAACAGCUAGGAACGAACUCGAAGUUCAAGAACCCGGUCUUCUCAGAAGACUCCGUGAAAUGAGGUUUGACCUCGAAGGAUCUGCUUCGUCGCUGGGAGAUGCAAUCUUCACAGUCUCCUUUUGGAUGCAACGGGGGUCACAGGCUACUAGAUUCAAGCCAAAGUCAGAUUCCUCUUCGCUCAAACCCACAUAA